AUGAAGCCUAAGAAAUCGGGUGAAGAUGAGAAAGGUUCAGUUGCAGAAAGUGCCACCUUGAAUGCAUGCACUCUUUAUGUGCGAAAGCUACCACGGUGUAUGUUGGUCUCCCAUUUGCAAUCGUUGUGUCCCAUCUCAGUCAAUGCUCAUUCGCAUAACCAGACAUUCGAUAGAGGAUUUAAAGCGCUUUUAUCGUAUUCAAAACCGAAAAGUCUACACGAGAAGCACAUCAUUCUAGAUGUUUGGUCCAUGAUCAUUUUGAAACAGCACUCCCAUUGCGAAAUGAGGGUUUGCGUGUGGAGAUUGCGGCUGCUUGAGCGGAGUGUGAGAAGUUACGGUCUUGCAUUGAGGUUAGUGUUCGUGAUGGUGCAUGGGGUGUAGUUGGAUUGAUUCGGUCCAGUAGGCGAGUGGACAUAGCGUCGACAGAACGUGCAUAAGUGUCGGCUGAGGUGUAUCUUUCUAGGAGCGUGGUGUGCGAGUCGGUCCCAUGUUCAUCAUCGACAUUGAUGAGAUUACCUGGUGGUGUUUGUUCGGAUUUGGAUGCGAGACCGGAUGUGUCAUUGGUUGGUGUGCAUGAUUUGGCCCCGUCCUCAAGGUACGUGAAACAUGUGAGCAAUCAAGCGGAUAAGGAGCGAGUGGUGGAUGGUAGUAUUAACCAUGGAACGGUUGUUGGUGUUGCAGCACGUGACGCGAGUGUGGGGCUUGACAUGGCGGAUGUGUGUGAACCGAAGUCGACAUUGUUGGAGGAGGCGGAUGCGAUAUGUCGGUUGCAGGAUGAGUUGACUAGUCUUCGAUUGGAGUACCUUCACCUGAGAGAGGCGUGUGAGUGGGCGCGUAAAUGACUGAGAGUGGGUUGGUGGCUGGCUUGUGUUGUGCUGCGAAGGAUGAAUCGGCAAUGGGUAUUGGGAUGAAAGCGUCUGCAUUGGGCGUUGCAGAUGAUGCUAGUACUCGCGUUGGCUUCGCUGUGAAUGUUUUGCAUGAGGGAGUCCCUCUGGUUUGUGGACGAAUUGGCUGCUGCUGAUAAUCUGUUGCCAUUGCCUUCGCCGAUGGUGGGAAGCCAUGAUGUGCUGGAGAAAUGUGGAUCUGCUAUGUCGGGUUUACUUGAGAUUGAGUCGCUGGUGUGUGAUUUACGGGAGGAGCUACGUGUGGAUUGUGCACCAGUGUGUGUAUCGGAAGCCGCGUUGAGCGCGGAGUUGUGUGCGCUUCGGGGAGGCUGUGGUGUGAGGCUGUGGCGUCGAGUGAGGAGAUGAAUGUGGAGAAGUCAGAUCCGUUGACUGCGGCGAC